AUUCGCACAAGAACAAAAUAAUAUUAAAUUAAGCUCUCACGCAAAUCAAUUUCAUUUCACUAAAGGGAGAAACUAUGACAAGUCUAACGACUAAAACCCUGCUUUUAAAUCCGUUAAUUCAGUUGAAAACCCCCCUCCCUCUCAAAUUUCGCCCCAAAAUCGCAUCAAUCUCCGCUCGUCUGGACAAUUCCCAGCAACAAAUGAAUCUCUCUGUUCUUAGAUUCACUUUGGGUAUUCCUGGAUUGGACGAAUCCUAUUUACCUAGAUGGAUCGGAUACGGGUUCGGUUCCCUUCUCAUAUUGAACCAUUUGCUUGGAUCCGACUCCAUUUCCGCUGCGCAGCUGAGAACGGAGGCUUUAGGUCUAUCUUUGGCUGCCUUUUCAAUUACACUUCCUUACCUUGGUAAAUUUCUCAAGGGUGCAGCUCCAAUGGAUCAAACGACUCUGCCUGAAGGUGCUGAGCAAAUCUUUGUUAUGUCAGAAAAUGUGUCGAUUGCACAAAAAGAGGCUUUAGCUUGGGCAACAUAUGUUUUAUUGCGAAAUACCAACACCACCUCUGUGUUGAUAUUAACGCAAGGUGAAUUAUGUAUACGUGGAUAUUGGAAUUUUCCUGAUGGUGUAUCAAAAGAUAAUGUACUUGAUUGGUUUAAAAGUAAUAUAGAAGAAACCGGUCUCUCUGAUUUGACAGACACCCUUUAUUUCCCUCAAACUGCAGAUGCUGAAUUUUGGAAUAUACUUCCUCAGGGGACUCGGUCUGUCUUGGUACAACCAGUGCUACUCGGUCCUAAUCCAAGCACGAAUGACAUGGGGAAUAUUGAAGGUUUUUUCCUGUUGGCUUCAAGCAUGAGAUAUGCAUAUAACGAGAAGGACAGAGCCUGGAUAAGAGCUGUUUCGAACAAACUUAGAAGUAAGAACUAAUAUUGUGUGUGUACCUUACCUUCAUUCUGUUAGUUUGCUUUUUACAUCUUUGUGAAGUCUGUUUUAUACUUCUCCUGGUUUCUUUGCCACUGUCUGUUCUUGGCGACCCCAUUUUUUCAGUUUGAAAGCAAUGCCAGUAUUUCUAGUUCGCUUUUGACUUGAUGAUAAGUUUGAUGCCUUAUAAAGAUUGCCAAUCUUUUUUUUUUUUUUCUUUACCAGCAUUAGAUAAAAAUUAAUGUUGCUUCUGGUCACCAGUAGAUUGCCAGCGCUUAAUGUAUUAGAAGUCUUUAGUAGUUGCAGGAUUAGAGUUUUUUUAUAAUACAAAGAGGUCUCAUUUUGUUUACGUAUUCUGAUUACAUGGAUCCUAAUUAUAAACUAAAUACCAGAUGAACAAAGAACUUGGCACUUCUAUGACAUUCUAUUACAAUCUUAAAUACUUGGAAGCCAUUGCAUGUUGAAUCUAGAUGCUGGAGAAAAUUGAAUAUAGCUUGUCAAAUUGUACGACCAUAUAAAGCCACCCGUCCUUUGACCUUUUCCAUAUAUUUAGAAGAAAUGCCAUCUAUGCCUAAUGAACUCUUAGGAUGUAUAAUAUAAGUUUAUUUGCAAGAAAAUGAAAUGUUGGUGCUAUCAUUAUUCUAUAAGGAUUUGUGUGAACAUUGUUUAGUCCAACAAAGAAUUUAGAUUGUAAAUAAAUUGUUAUCUCUUUUUCUUGGAACCUUAAAUCCUUUUUGUUUUUGGUCCAGAAUUAAUUAUUUUAUAUCCUUUUUUCUCCAUUCCAUCAAUUGAAGUUAUUGACUUUCUUUGUGCAAUCUCAAAUUUAAGAAUGGUUAAGGUUUAUGAUGGCAAAAACACUCAUCUAUUCCUGAGCGGAGGAAAACAGACUAUUCAUGAAUUUAAGAGAAUGAAAAAAAUAAUUUAAGAAUAGGAAAUCAGCUUUAUAUCUCUUCUGAGGUUUUAUGACAAGAUUUGAGUCAUGUCCCAAUAAAUGUAGCUGGAGAAGAUAACACAAGACAUUAUCAAACAAAUAUGUUGAAGUAUUUUAUCUUGAAUCAUUCUAUUGUAGAAAAUUCCUUUCGCAAAGUUUUGUUCUUUUCAGAUGAAGCAAAAAAAUAAGAUAUUAAAUUUGCGGUUUAAUUGCUAGAAUGGCUUGGUACAACACAAGUUGAGCUGUUAUUCUUUUCCUUGAACUUCUAAUAGUAAGAUUGAGCAUAUGAGAAAAUCAGCGUGUCAUCAAUAUAUACCUUGACAAAAUUACUUUUGAUGCCCCAAUUUUGAAGUGAACAUCCCAAAAUUUUUAUGCAUUGAUCAAAUUACAGUGGUUUUAUAUCAAAGAAAUGUAAAUGCAUGACAUUUUUGUUUGCUCUCCUUAACUUAUUAUAGAUGUAUCUUUCAGAAAGAGGAAAUCCAUUCCUUUCACGAAUUAUUUGUUUGCAGAAUGAAAAUGAUUCUCACUGGACUUGCCAAAACUCUAAAGUCAUACAAGAAGGAACUUGAAGAAUAAUGGGAUCCUACAGAACUUUCUCCUGGCCAUACACCUUUCCUUUCAUAAAAUAUUUCGAUGAAACUGAUUCUUCACUGGAUCUGUGAAGUAUCUUGUUAUACACCAAGAAGCUUGAAGACUAAUGGGGUUCUACAGAAAUUUCUCCAGGCCAUACACUAGAUGCUGUUGAAAUUGUAUGCGCUACACAAGUAAGUUUACUUUUGCAAUGUUCUGAACAAAAUGCUUGGAGAAAGACAUGAUGUAUAUUCUGCAAUGCGAUCAAUUACCUUGAGUCGGGCAACCUUUCUAAUAGCCAAGAGUAAGCCUGGCAUGAGGCACUGCACAUCUGUGAUAUCAUGUUUGAUGGUGUAGACCUGUGGCCAGCGGUUAAGCACUUGUGGAUUAGAGUGGUAUCAAAUUAAUUGUCACAGCUAGUGCUAGGAGAGAGGAAGGGGCGGGGGGGUUUACCUCUCCUGGUCCAGAGAAGUAAACUGUUGUACUAGAUGGAAGCCCAGGAAGGACCAUGCUAUGAACACGCACACCAUCUUCACCUAGGACUUGACCCCUUGCCUUACAAAGGGGAAAAAAAUGAAAAAUGAGCCACCUUCUUAAUUAGCGUUUUGGAUUAUAUGUGCUUCUGUUGUUUCUUUUGGUAACAUAAAUUCUCAUAAAUGUAAAUCUAUAUCUCUAGUUCUUUCUUGUAUGAAACCAAUUAGUAAAAUUCAGAUGAUCAAUGUGAUGGAUUUUCCUA